CUAUUACCAUAGCAACAGGUUAGGACCGCAACAAGAGGAGGCAAGGAAGUCCCUCCUUGCUUUGACUUAAUAAAUAAGUGUUAAAGAAAAUUUUCGGGCAAAUAUGAAGACCUCGGAGGAUGCAAAAGACAAAAACACGGAGCAGAUGGCGGCAUGUCUAAAAUCAUUCAUGCUGAAGAGCAGCACAAAAACUAACCUCAACCUCUAUGAUCACCUUGCCCGGUUGCUUCAUAAGAUUCUGGAUGAGCGUCCCGAAAAUGCAGUUGACGUGUUAGAGGACAUGAGCCGGGAUUUGAAGCGAAGCUUGAUGCAGGAGAAGCAGAGUGCCUUGCGAGAUACGCCAUUCAGUUCUGCACAGCAGGAUCUUGCUGAACUACAACGGAUACUGUUUGCACGCCAGCCAAGUGACGAUGGGGAUCACGACGAAGAACUGGUUGAGGCCCCAAUACCCAAUGUGGCAGAACUGGCGUUUUACCUGGAGCAGGCUGGUGUAGGGAUGGAGAAGGAGGAGAUGCAGAGGAUCUUCUUGGCACUGAAGCAUCUGGUCGACACGCAGCCCCUGCAGCACUGCCGCCUCUGGGGCAAAAUCUUGGGCACAGAGGCCAACUACCUGGUAGCAGAGGUGGAGUUGAGAGAGGGUGAGGAAGAGGAAGAGGAGGAGGGUGCGGAGGAAGCGGCAGACGAAGAAGAAAAGGAGCCACGUGACAAGGAAGAAGGAGAAGUUGUGGAAGUGGUGGACCCCCUUCCAAAAUCUGCACAUAAACCCCCAUCAGUGGUGCCCAAGGAGGAAAAUCGAACUGGCACAAACAAGUACACAUACUUUGUUUGCCAAGAGCCUGGCUUACCUUGGGUCAAACUGCCCAGCGUCACCCCUGCCCAAAUCUCAGCUGCUCGACAGAUACGAAAGUUCUUCACAGGGCGCCUGAACACUCCAAUCAUCAGUUAUCCACCAUUUCCUGGCAACGAGGCCAACUACUUGCGGGCCCAAAUUGCACGUAUCUCUGCUAGCACACACGUCAGUCCUCUGGGAUACUUUCAGUUUGGGGAAGAGGAAGGUGAUGAUGAUGAUGACGGAGCACGUGCCAACUUUGAAGAGAACCCUGACUUUGAAGGCAUUCCUGUAACAGAGAUGGCAGAGUCAUUGUCCACAUGGGUGCAUCACGUUCAGCACAUCCUAACUCAGGGUCGCUGUGUCUGGGUCAACCUGGCCGAGAAACCUGCAGACGAGUUUGACGAAGAUGAGGAGGAAGAGCAGAGAGAAGAGGAGCCUGAUGAGCCGGAGCCUGAAGUGGGCCCUCCACUCCUGACCCCUCUGUCUGAGGACGCAGAAGUCAACAGCACCUCUCCAUGGACCAGUGGCUUAUCCUCAGCCCUCAUACCCCAGUUUGCCAUCGCUACUCUGCGCUCAAAUCUCUGGCCAGGGGCCUACGCCUACGCCUGCGGGAAGAAAUUUGACAGCAUCUACAUCGGAUGGGGCAUGAAGAGCGCCGACUCCAAGUAUGGCUACAGCCCCACCAUGGUGCCAGGGCCUCAAGCUGAGUACACAAGCGGUGCGGAGGUCACAGAGUCCCUGGACCCCACUCUGGAGGAGGAGCUGGCCCUGAAAGCUGCCCUAGAGGAGCAGAGAGCCGCACAAGAGGAGGCCGAGGGUCUGGACGACGAAGAGGAAGAUGAUUGAAGAGGAGAGGAGCGCUACACAAACAUCUAGAGCAAUUUUUUUGUUUUCUAAAGAUGGCAACUAUACAUCUAUACCCCUAUUUUAAAUAAAUACUGGACUUCAGCACACAAAAGCAUCCUGUUUCACGUACAUACAAUAAGUUGUAUCAAAUACAGAUUCAGGUGAACAGACAACUUUGACAGUAUUUUGUUUUUUAUUUAGCUGUUGUCAAAGAAUUCAUUAGGAUACAUACAUGAAAAUUAGCGAGGGCAGUUAAAAUGCUAUCACAUGUUGGUCACAGACUAAAAGGUCGCUGCUAAAUUUAAUCUAAAUUUUAUCUAGUUUAUAGUGUUUUUUUUUUUUUUUUGCAUUUCAGCCUCAGCAAUCGCAAGUAAUUGCUUAAUCGUGUAUUUUGCCAUAACAUUAAGUUAAAUACAUGUAAGUAAAUAGAAAAAGAUGGGAAUACAGGAAACUUUUCCCUAAAGGGAAUGGUUUAAAAUCCAUGAGGUUAACUUAAUGUAACUAGCUCACAGUUAAUUAAAUACCUGCAAUGUUAUCAGUAAUAGAUGCACGUGCAAAAAAAGUAUGGUUUCAAUUCCUUGGUAGUGCUUAGUAGUAUAGUCACAGUAAACACAUUACAAUUUUGCAAGUUCUCCUGGACCUUGCAGAUUGAAAUUCAUAAGAAAUAAAUAAAAUAUAAUUGAGUGAGGUCCAUGACAUUAUAGAUGGUGUUUUUUUAGAUUCUGAAAGCUUAAUUACAUUAAGCUAUGGGCAAAUUCCUCAAUAGAGGAAAUAAUUAGUAUCUUUCCAUAUGAAACCUACAUAAAAAUUAAAUGUGUAUAGUUUAAACAGAGGACUCUUGACACUCUGCUUCAAUUUGUGUUGACCUAUGUAAUAAUGAUAAAGAAAGCUUGAUGGAAAGAUAUCAUGCAGAACAGAUCAUACUAAAUGAAUGUAAGCUAUUGUACAGAGGAGUAAAAGUCCGGCUUCAACAAGUAAAA